CGAUUGGCCGAAAUACAUGUUGCUUGCUAACUUUGUUUAGCGUGCAACAUGUGCGUCGAGUUUAGCUAACCUAUCUGCUGUGUUCAGGAUUCCCUGCACAAUCACCCUCAGUAUACAGGCACGUUCAAAACAGUUUGGCUAGUUAACUUAUUUUGUAACUCAUUUUGUUUUUAUUUUGGCUGUUUUAUGUGACGCGUUUUUCAUUUAAACGAUCGAAAACGUAUUUAUCCCCAAUUUCUGCGCAUAUGCUAAUUAUGCUAAUGCUACAAUGAAACAGCGAACGUUUACUGUUUCAGGAAGUAAAUGUACUUAAUAGCGUCAGUGAAUAAUCCAUUGCACAUUGUCAAACAGCUAUGUUUUUGUUGCACUGUUAAAACCUUUUUUUAUUUAGCUUUGAUGAAACUUGGAACUGUUGUGUAGUAGGGUGGCCAUACUUCCUGUUAUCCCUGACUUUUUCGGACCUAAAAGCGUCCGGCUAGGUUUUCUACAUUUGAGGAAAUGUCCGUGAUUCGGCUUUAGUUGCAUUAUAAUGUCGGUCUUACUUCAUUGUUUGUGCACGCAUGUUUAUAUUGCUAACCCGUCUUUGUAAGUCCCGCCUUCUCGUACUACAAUAGGUCGAUUAUUAGAGGCUUGUCGCAACCAUUGGCCAAAACCCUGUCUGUCAAUCCGCAAACAAGCGAAGCGUUGUUUCGGUCGGUAUCAAACAGUUGCUUGACUGUAGCAGCAAGUGACAGCGUGUUGGAAACAAUGCCCAAACGAUAUAUCAUAUUUAUGUAUUGCUUCCUCAGGUUCGGUGUCUGAAGAUGCGCCGCGACACAUCUGUCAGCCGACGGAAAGGCAACACGCCGAAGCGUCGUUCACCACUGCCACCGCCGGGGCCGUCCGUGUCCCGCUCCCCGCGCAGGAGCGGUCCUUCAGCACCUGGUGCCUCGCCUCGCAAGAAGAGGAGGUUCCGUCCAGGAACCAAAGCUCUCAUGGAGAUCAGGAAGUAUCAGAAGAGCACCAACCUGCUUUUGAGGAAGGGUCCUUUCUCACGUUUGGUGAGGGAGGUGUGCGAGACAUACGCCAGAGACUUCAUGAGGUGGCAGGGGCUGGCUCUCCAAGCCCUGCAGGAGGCUGCAGAGGCUUUCCUAGUCAUGCUGUUUUCGGAUGCCAACUUGUGUGCCAUCCACGCCAAGCGUGUGACCCUGUUCCCCCGUGACCUGCAGCUGGUCCGACGUAUCCGCGGGGUGGAGAGUCUCUGAGGGGGCGGGGGGGGGGGGGGGGGGGCC